AUGGAAUCACGACCUUCUACAGCUGUCGGCCGACGUGUUAGUGCUGCUGCUGUUCAUCCCUUUCCAAAUCCAUCAACGGUAGUCAUUGUUCUCGGUGCUCAAUGGGGUGACGAAGGCAAAGGCAAAUUGGUCGAUUUAUUAGCUUCUGAAGCUGAUAUAGUUUGUCGUUGUCAAGGAGGCAAUAAUGCUGGUCACAGUGUUGUAGUUGAAGGAGUUGAGUAUGAUUUUCAUAUGCUUCCAUCUGGUUUUCAUUUACAAAAUUGUAUUAAUAUCAUUGGUAAUGGUUGUGUAGUCAAUCUACCAGAAUUAGUUGAAGAAAUACAAAAAAAUGAAUCUCGUGGUGUUACAAAUUGGUCUGAACGUCUCUUUAUUUCUGAUCGAGCACAUUUAGUUUUUGAUUUUCAUAAACAGACCGAUGGAUUAAUUGAACGAGGACGUGGCACGGGCAGUCUUGGUACAACUAAAAAAGGUAUUGGACCAACAUAUUCAUCGAAAGCAACAAGAAAUGGUAUUCGAAUGAUUGAUUUAAUAGGUGAUUUUUCAAUAUUUGCUGAAAAAUUACGAAAUCUUUUUAAUUACUAUAAAUUAACAUUUCCCGAUCUGGAAGGUGAUGUUGAAAAAACAAUUGAACAAUUUAAAAAACUUGCUGACUAUUUCCGUCCAAUGACAAUUGAUACAAUAUCUUAUUUAAAUCAAGCUAUUAUGGAUGGUUCAAAAUCAAUUCUUGUUGAAGGUGCUAAUGCUACAAUGCUUGAUAUUGAUUUUGGUACAUAUCCAUAUGUAACUUCAUCAAAUUGCAGUAUUGGUGGUGCAUGUACAGGUCUUGGUUUACCACCAAAAUAUAUUGGAGAUAUUUAUGGUGUUGUGAAAGCUUAUACAACACGUGUUGGUGAUGGUGUAUUUCCAACUGAACUUAAAAAUGAAAUUGGUGAACAUUUACAAACACGUGGUCGUGAAUGGGGUGUAACAACAGGUCGACGACGUCGUUGUGGUUGGCUUGAUUUAGUUUUACUUAAAUAUACAAAUAUGAUUAAUGGAUUUACGGCAUUAUGUUUAACAAAACUUGAUACACUCGAUGAAUUAGCUGAAAUCAAAAUUGCAACAACCUAUAAACGAAAUGGUGUUGAAAUACCAAAUUUUCCUGCAUCGGUUGAUACAAUGCAUGAUAUUGAAGUUGAGUAUGUUACUUUUCCUGGUUGGCGAGGACGAUCAACAGAAGAAUGUCGAACAUUCAAAUCACUUCCUAAUAAUGCAAAACUUUAUGUUCAAUUUAUUGAACAAUAUCUUGGCGUACCUGUGAAAUGGAUUGGUGUUGGUAAAGAUCGUAUGGCAAUGAUUCGCGUCUUUUAA